AUGUUUCAAAAAUAUCGCUUUGGAGAGGCAAACAUCAAAGAAGGAUGGCCCAGCCCUGGGAGGACUUCCUGGAUGCAGCAAACGUUUCCAGGUCCUACCCUUUAUCCCAGCCUCCUGUUGAGUCAUUUCCUCACACUGAAAAUGUCUGUUUUGGAGGAGAACCCAGGUAUGAAAAUGGACUGUGAAGACUGGGAAAGAGAUGAACCUCAGUGCUCCUCAGAAGACCCAGACAGAGAUGCCUUGGAGCCAGGCCCCAGCCUCACCUCCGUGAGUUCUGCCCAUGCAGGUCUAAGAGUGAAGCCCAAAGGCCCGGAGAAAUUCAUCAUCCAUGACGGGGAUCAAAAAGUUUUGGUCCUGGACUCCAAGAUCCUCAGAGCAGUUCCAGAUAAGACUUACAUAGUCCCAGAAAUCUUCUUUGUAUUAGCCUCCUAUGUGAAGCCAGCUUAUGAGAACAAAGGAAGCCCCAUUCUUCUGGCCGUCUCUAAAGGCGAGCUGUGUCUCUGCUGUGACAAAAACAAAGGACACAACAAGCCAUCCCUGAAGCUGAAGAAGAAGAAACUUUCCACACUGGCUGCCCAGGAGAAAGGGAAAUGUCUGCCCUUCAUCUUUUAUCGGAAUAAAGUCGGCUCUCGGAAUACCUUAGAGUCGGCUGCCCACCCUGGAUGGUUUAUCUGCACCUUCCCCUAUCCUGGGAAACCAGUUGGAAUGACAAAAUGUCACGGAAAAAGGAAACACACUGAGUUUUCAUUUCGGCAGAUCUACAAAGCUGAAACGAGCCCCAGUGAAGUCAGUGAAUAG